AUGACGCGCCACUUCAGCUGGCCAUACGGCCACCAGUACGAGUCUGCUUGGGGGCCAGUGACAUCCACCGUAAACUUCUGCGAGAUGGACUACUACAUCACGCCCUACAUUGCAGAGUUCAUCAACACGCUCACAAACGUGCUAUACGUAUAUCUGGCGGCAUAUGGGCUCGUCAAGGCGCUGAAGGAGGACAAGGACUCGCUCUUUGUGCUGACAUACGCCAUCUACGCCGGCGUCGGCAUUGGCUCUGUCCUCUUCCAUGCCACGCUCAAGUACACGAUGCAGAUGGUGGACGAGCUCUCAAUGCUCUACUCAACCUCCAUGGUCCUCUACACCAUCUGGUCCUUCCAGCUCGCGCCCACCUCGCGCCGCAUCCUCGCCGGCGCCCUGGUCCUCACGCUUACCCUGCUCACGGUCGCGCACUACCUGCUCGGCGACAGCACGCCGCAGCGCGUCGUCUUUGGCUGCCAGAUUGCGUGCGUCUUCUUCCGCACCGUGUUCCUCAUGCGCACGCAGGUCGAGGACGAGGUUGCCCUGCGGAAUAUGAAGAAGCUGGCGACGGUGGGCGCGACCACGUUUGUGGCGGGGUUUGCGCUGUGGCUGGUAGAUGAUGGGGCGUGUGGGUGGUUGACGGGGAUGAGGGAGUGGACGGGCAUGCCCGUGGGGUUUGUGUUGGAGCUGCAUGGGUGGUGGCAUCUACUGACGGGAACGGGCGUGUACUGCUUCCUGGUGUUUGUGGAGUAUCUCCAUGUACAGAUGAACGGGCUCCAGGACGAGUGGGAGUAUUCGGAGGACGGGUACUGCGUCAUGUUUCCGCGCGUCUCGAGGAAGAAGAAUGCGCCGUUGGCGGGUGCCGCUGGGGAUAGUACUAGUGGCGGUGGUGGGUAUGGCGCAGUGGCGCAGAGCGAGUGA